AUGCCCUACCCAACUCCUAAUUCUUAAAUAGCUAUAAGCUAUAAUAAUUGCAUAACGAUACUAUCUUCUGAUUUUUAUGAUUUAAAAUUAGUGGUAUAUAACACAUUCUAAAUCUAAAUAUAUUAAAUAACAAUAGAUUAAUAACAAUAACAAUCCAAAUUGAUUAGCUAAUUAAACACCUAAAAUUAAAUUACAUAUGUGAAUUGUGUUUAAAUAUUUACUACCGAUUAAGAUGUCAUUAGCAAUUAAUUUAUUAUUGAAGAAAUAUUAACAUUUGAUAAUAAAUAAAAUUUUGAUAUCUACAAUUUUUCUUUAGAAUUAAUUCAUCAAGUUCCAAAUGUCGCCCUAAUCUCUGUAAACCAAGCUAAGAGAGUUAUUAAUGAUGAUUCAGUUUAUUUCUUAGUAGGUUUCUCUGCAACAUCAAAUCCUGUUGUGAGAAUUCAUGCUAUUCAAAAAAAUUCAACAUCUUCUUUUGAAAAUACCUACACUUAUUAACAUUCACCUUUCAUAGAUGAUCCUAUAAAAAUUGUUAACGAUGCAGGAAAAGUUUUUUAUCAUGUUAAACAUAUCAUAAAUAUUAUAUACACUUGUGGGCAUGAUUAUGUGUAAAGUGCUACAUAGAUAACUUAAACUAAAAUGAAAAUUGGUUCCAAUAAUAACUAUUUGGAUUAUGUUGGUACAUAAUAAGGAUUAUCAUGUGCUUUAAAGUACUAAUUUAAAAGAUACUAAGUACUUGAUAACCAAUAUUUUAUGUCGAACUAGCACUAAGAUGAUGAAAUAUAAGAGGUUAUAUAAAGAAUGAAAUAAAUAAAUGGAUGGAUUUUUGAUGAUCUAAUUUAUAGUCUAAUUGGUACCUAUAUAUACACUUUGUCUGAAAAUUAUGGGAUAUUCACAAGCUUUGAAGUUCAAAAAGACUACAUCAUAUUUCAUUCUUCUUAAUAUGUUGUUUUCUUAAAUAAGAUUAAUUUUUCAGAAAGUUGUAAGAUUUAAGCUCCUUCUGGUUUAAGCAUACUAAAUUACCUUUUUAUUAAGUAGCUUUCUUAAAUAAUUCUUUAUACUAAUAACUCAUUAUUUGCAUAGAUAUAUGUGUAUAAUAUACCUUCUUAAUCUUUAGCAGGAAAAAUAAUUGGUGCUUUUAAUUGGAAUAAAGUAGGGUUAGUAGUAUAAACUUAUUAUGAUGAAAAUGUAACAAAAUUGUCAUUUUUAGAUGAUGUAGCAAAGAAGGUGUUAAAUAUUAAUUUGGGCUAACAGAAUCUCCAAAAUUAUUUACUUCCUUUCCUGUAAGUAAUUAAGAAAUACAAUUUUUGA